CGUCAUGUGACUUUGGCGUAAACAGGAAGCAGCUGAUCUUGACUUCCCUGACUGCUUCUACCAAGUAAUGUAUACAACUGUAUUCUUCAAAAUUAAUAAAACCUAUAGUCUAGCAUUGCUUGAAUUUGAGUAACAGCUCUACUCAGUCGGGCCGAAGGAGAGGAAGAGGAGAGCUGCUGAGGACACAGACUGAAGCCACCUGAUUUGCAGCACUCAGAAAUACUCUUCAUCCUGUCUGCUGAGGGGGAUGUCAAGCACAGCCAUGAAGAAAAAGGUGUUACUGAUGGGAAAAAGCGGGUCUGGAAAGACCAGUAUGAGAUCAAUCAUCUUUGCCAAUUACAUAGCUCGAGACACACGUCGCCUUGGAGCUACAAUUGAUGUGGAGCAUUCCCAUGUACGGUUUCUGGGCAAUCUGGUUCUUAACCUGUGGGACUGUGGAGGACAGGACACGUUCAUGGAGAACUACUUCACCAGCCAGAGGGACAACAUUUUCCGAAAUGUAGAGGUGCUGAUUUAUGUAUUCGAUGUCGAGAGCCGUGAGCUGGAGAAAGACAUGCACUACUACCAGUCAUGCCUGGAGGCCAUCCUGCAGAACUCCCCCGAUGCUAAAGUGUUCUGUCUCGUUCACAAAAUGGAUCUGGUGCAGGAAGACCAGAGAGAUUUGAUCUUUAAGGAGCGUGAAGAAGAUCUGAAGAGACUGUCCAGACCUCUGGCUUGCACGUGCUUCAGGACGUCAAUCUGGGAUGAAACCCUGUAUAAGGCCUGGUCCAGCAUAGUGUACCAGCUCAUCCCAAACGUCCAGCAGCUGGAGACGAACCUGAGAAAUUUUGCGCAGAUCAUAGAGGCAGAUGAAGUUCUUCUGUUUGAGAGAGCCACGUUCCUGGUUAUCUCUCACUAUCAGUGCAAAGAGCAGCGUGACGCCCACCGGUUUGAGAAGAUCAGUAACAUUAUCAAACAGUUCAAACUCAGCUGUAGUAAACUUGCAGCCUCUUUCCAAAGCAUGGAAGUGAGAAACUCCAACUUUGCGGCCUUCAUUGACGUCUUCACCUCCAACACAUACGUCAUGGUCAUCAUGUCGGACCCCUCCAUUCCGUCUGCAGCCACUCUCAUCAAUAUCCGUAAUGCUAGGAAACACUUCGAGAAGUUGGAGCGAGUGGACGGACCCAAGCACAGCCUGCACAUGCGAAUGCGCUAGCCGAUGCCUUUAUUGCAGUGGACACUCUCAGCCAAUCAGUCCACAGAUCGCAGACAACAUGUUACGGCCUUCCAGCUCCAAUACAUAUGAGCAGCCCUGCACUGUUUCCUCUAUAUCUUCAUAUUCAAUCACAGUUAUUAUGGGAGAAAUCAUGCUUUCUUUUCCUCUACAGUGAUCAUAAGUGUCUUGAACAGAGGUACAUCCUGUAGAAAUGUUUGUCCUGACUCGACACGUUAAUGUAAAAUGAAUAGUUGUGUUCAUUAUGAAGGGGGGGGGCUACCUUUGCUGUCACAUUUUGUCUUAUACAGUAGAUUCAUUUACCCCUUUCAGUGAAUCCCAAUGAUCAGGGGAUGUUAUGUCCAAAUGGUAAGCAGCAGAUACUGUUUGAUUUUCAAAUGCAGUUUGUAAGCUGUUACAAGAACAAUAUAGUUAUAUUCAGAAAAAUA